GCAGGUGUCUGAUGUUCUACUGGAGCCGCAGCAGGGCCUUGUUUAGCCAAUGGUCGCACUCCCCUGGGUGACCCUCGAGGCUCUCGCGCUUCCCUGGGUGGCUGCUGGUGGGCCUGUCACGCCCCUUCUGGGUGGCUGGCGCCCUUGCCACGCCCCCGGGCCACGCCCCCGGGCACCGGAGAAGGGAGAGCCCCUCGGAGUGCUCGCCGCCGGGCUUCGAGUGCUUGCCCGGCCGAAGCUGCUGCCGCUGCCACAGGAUGUCGCCGGCGACGCCACCGGAUAUGUCACUCUGACGUCAUCUAGACCUUGCCAGGCAGUGACACAUCUCAUGGCACUGCUUAGACAUUGGCACUAAGAAAGCAGUGUGUAUUUGUGUGUGUGACAGGACGUGUGUGUGAGUGUGCCGCGCCGCACACACUCGUCACUUCCAACGCUGUGUUUAUUUUUGUUUUUUUUAUUUAGUGCGUGGACCAUGAAACGUGAGAGCCGACACGGGUGGCAGCAUGUCCGUUACUAAUGACAUGUCAGAAGACUGAGAAAAGUACAUUAAACCAAGACAAAGUGAAGUCGUAAAGUCUUAAGUAACAAGAAAAGGAAAAAAGAGAAAAAAAAAGAAUAUCUCAGGACAAACACAAAAGAUAAGAUACAACAGUUAAUUAAAACCAAAACCAACCAGCCCAAAAGAGAACAAACGAACAUAAUCAGUGUGUCUGUGUUUGUCGAGGUGACGAAACAACAACAAACAGGCAACAACUACAAAAAACAAAAACUAUUAAGACUUCCCAAGUGACCAGCAUGCCCAACAUGAAUCUGAAGAAGCUUUGGCGUAAGAAAAGUGUGACAAUCACCGAGUAUGACCCAACAUACAAGGUCGUGUAUCUGGGCAACGUGCUCACGGGAUGGGCCAAGGGUGACGGGUGCGUGGACAAGCCGCUGUCUACACUAUGGAGGAACUAUUGCCAAAGCAGUCGCCAAGAUAUCGCUAUGAAGGUGACGAUCUGCGGCGCGGGGCUGCGAGCCGUGACCCGCGAGCACGGCCUCACCGAGUACUGGGCGCACCGCGUGACGUACUGCGCGGCGCACCCCGCGUACCCUCGGGUUUUCUGCUGGGUGUACCGUCACGAGGGCAGGCGGCUGAAGCAGGAGUUGCGCUGCCAUGCGGUGCUCUGCCCGAAGACCGAGAAAGCUGAGGCCAUGGCCGCCCAGCUGAGAGUGCGGCUGGCGUCGGCGCUGCAGGAGUUCCGUCGGGAGAAGGUGGUGCGCCAGAACGCCCGCCUGUCCCUCAUGCACGCCAUCUACGACUCGGCCGCCAUCCCGCGGCGCCGCCUGCUGCUCUCCACGGGCGCCGCCAACUACCGGCCUCCGCUGGAGCGGUCCAAGAGCGCGCCCAAACUCGGCGCCAUCGAGGAGAGCAUCGAGGAAGAGGAGGAGGCGGAGGCGCUCGACAGCGACGUGGACGACAUCGACGAGCUGGACGAGGCCGCGUCGGUGCACCUGCAGCCGGAAGACGUGGGGCUGUCGAGCGCCGUGUCGGAAACCACGUCGGACAUCGUGGUGGAUUACGACUCGAGCAGCGAGGUGGCGAGCGCCGGCCAGGAGAGGCUCACGCUGGAGGAGGACUUCGACGAGGGCACCGCCAACUUCUCGCACUUCUGCCACUCGGACACGCCCCUCUACUGCCCCGUGCCCCCGCUCUCACCGAUCGGCGAUGCGAGCGACGUCCACGAGCCAGGGGGCGGGGGAGGUGGUAGGGACGCAGGGACGAUGAUGGGGGGCCCAGGGGACGUCUCGACGACCAGCGGGAAGGACCUCGGCCUCCUGGCGUCGCUCACGGGGGAGCUGAGUCUCGCUCCUCCCGCCGAAGAGUCGCUGACGUCGGACCAGCCCGAGUCCCUGGGUUCGCACUGCGACUCGUGCAACUCCUCGUGCGGCGCCUGCAGCGACCCGUGCGACGUGGCGGCGGAGCAGGAGCACCUUCUGGGCGAGGGCAACCACAUCAUCUCGGACGGCCACAUCCUGAGGGAGGGCGAGAGCCCGGGGAAGAUGGCCCGCAUGGAAGGGGACAAUAUCAGUGAGGAGAGUGGCUACUCCGAGGACAAAGAUUCUUUGCAAAAUUUAGACGCGACCAAACUUUAGUGUACAUGAUCUGAUGUAAUUAUAUUCAUAAUUAUCCAUAUCACGAUCUGACGCAAGUGACACGGUUAGCACCGGUUCGACUCGGGCCUGACGCGGUAAAUUGUGUUUCUCUCGCCCAUCAUGUGUUGUGAUGCAUGUUAUAUCUCUCUCCCCCUCACCCCUCGCCUACAUAAGGUUGACAUUGUUACUAAGUGUAACUACAGCGUCCCAGCUGUUCCAAAGGAUCUGUCUACCUGUACAGCCUUUUUUCCUGAGAUAUGAAAUGAAUUUUCUCCUUUUAGCCCCCUGUGAAACUUCCCUGAAUAAUAUUGUGAAAACGAAAGUGAAACAAAAAUAUAUAUAUACGAAUCACCCCUGGAGCAAUAAUAGUAUUGAUGAUUGUGUUAAAAAAGAGAGAGAUAUGUAUAGAAACACUGGCUUCUCUUCUGUUCUCCUGUUUCAUUUCGACUGUUAUAGUUCUUAGAAUAACUCGGCAGAUACUGUAGUUGAUCGGAGGGCAAUCACCAAGUGCCAUGUGUAGUUUCGUCUUCAUUUUUCAACCUAGUUCAUUCUAGUGAGGAAAAGAACAUGUUUAUUUUGGUUUCCCAUUCAGAUAGGAACUGUAAACCGUUUGUUAUUUGUUUGUGAAGUCUGUUAGCGAAAGUGAAUUCUUGUAACAUUUGAAGAAAGGUUUUAAUAUCGUUGUAUAAUAUGGGAGUGAAAGUUUCUUUUCAGAACAACUGGAAUUUUUAAGAUUAGAUAAUCUUUGUACAGAAAAUACUAUACUUGCUAUAGUCAUUAUUUUAUUUUAUACAUUUUGAUACAACUAUCUGUAUUCAAGGUGCACAUAUUUAUAUAUAAAAUGUUGAAGAAGAUAGAAACAACAUGUAUGAAAACGAAAAAUUUUAUAUACAUAAACUUUGUGAAAUUUGAAACUGGAUACUGUCAUUGUUAAGAUAUGAUUGUUUGGACUUUAUACAAAAAUGGAGGUACGAUACUCACUAAAUCACACACAAGACCUUUAGAUAAACUGCAGUAUGUUUUUAAAGAAGGUUAUACAAAUAUAUUAAAAAGUGUAUAUAAUUAUGAGGAUUUCGGUUGAUACUUUGCAUAUUUUGUAUCAAAGACUUGUAUAAUAGAUCAUAUUGGAAUACUCUUUCACUAUUUAAACAUACACUGUUGUUUUUUAUGUGUAUUUUUUCAUAACUGUAUUAUUUUCAUAUUCAUCCCUAUCAGGAGAAGGGAGAAAUGUAUUCAGUAUUUAAAACUCAAACAGUGAGAAAAAGGUGUUGUAUUCAACUCACUAUGAUAAAACAGUAAGAAAUGAGUACUGUUCAGUAAGAUAAAACAGCAAGAAAAACGUACUGUAUUCAACUCACCAAGAUAAUACAAUUGCUGUAUUUCACCCCUGCACAUGAAACAAGGGCCUGGUGAGGCUGCAUGGUGCCCUGGUGUGCAUUCCACCUAAUGCAAAGUACUUUAUGUUUAACGUCAAUAAACAUUAUGGUUACUUCAAGGGGCCACUGGGAAACCACCAUGCCUGGAUUGCAUUAUUAGAAUAGAACCAACAAUGAGCUUUAACGAGAGUAUUCGUAAAAUAAGGGAUUUUUUAUUGUCUUUUUUUAUUUAUUUUUAUUUAUUAUUAUUUGUUUUUUUAUUAUUAUUAUUUUUUUUUUUUUUUUUUUUUUUUUUAAGUAAGACUAUUCCUUCACUCACCAGUUUAGUAGGACAGUGAACAUAAGGAUAUGUCUGAGCGAUAUUAACAAAUGAUCCAACUGACAUUUGAAUAGUUUUUCGAUCAUGAUGUAGAAUGAACCUUCACACACCAGAUAGAUUUGACAGCGAAUGCACGAUCUAGCUGAUAUUUGAACAGUUUUAAACAGUUAUUGAUAUAGAAUAAGUCAUCAGUCACCGGUUAGACCGAACAGUGAACCCACUAUCUAACUGAUAUCUUGAAAAGUUUAAGGCAUAUCAUAGUAUUACUGUGCAUUCCAGACUCGACCAUAUUUGCACCGUAAAUGUUCUGCUGUUGCAUUUUUUAUACCUUUGGUAGUGUGUUGAAUACUGACAGUAGAGAAAUUUAGUAGUGGCGUUCAGGAUACCUUUGUAAGUAAUGACGUUAUCGACAACCCUUUCGAAGUCUACGGACAUAGUAGUUGCCAAUUUGUUUUUUUGUUUUUUCUUUUUUUAGGGAAACAGUUCAUUUACGAAAUCGACCAGGCGUGGUAUAUUGUUUCGAACAGGUUUUCUCGAAAUCUGAAUAGGCAUAUUAUGUAUUCAACCCAAGGCCAUUUUGCAUGUUAUUUCAUUUAUUUAUCAAUCAGCAUUAUACUGACAGAUGCAAGUACAGACACACACACACACACAUACGGGAGCGCGCAGUGACAGUCAGUCAUUUGUUACGGUUAAACGAAUUGAGAGAGAGAGAGUGAGAGAGUGUGUGUGACUACACUACACAUACAUACGAACACCUUCCCCCUUGCAUCAACACACAGGUGCCCAUUCAUAAAUACGUACAUAUACAUCUAUAUUAUAAUAUAAAAUUAUAUCUAACUAUCAAAACAGUGGUAUUCGGUAUUUCAAAGAUGCAUCGAAACAUUAACAGCAAAUAUGUGACGGAAUCGCAUUGAGAAAUUUAGAGUUUGUUAAAAAUAUAGGCUGAUGAUCAUUUUUUUUAUGAAUAAGAUAAUGAGUAUAUAGCUUUUUUUUUUUUUUUUUAUCUUAUGUGACUGAUUGAAUAAGAACCACAAUAGGGGAUAUGCGAAAGAACUACGGGGUGGUUAUAUGUUCAACUGCAAUUGAGACGGAGAGAGGUGGUGCUGCAGCGGUUGGGAAAGUUGCAAACACAACACCAGUUUUGUCUAAAUAUGACUUUAUAAUCGAAAGUGAGAGUGGCGAGAGAAGGAUGAAAAGAAGGAGAAAAAGAAAGGAAAAAUAUGAAAAAUACUUUAAGGAAGAUAAACAAAAUAUGGUCAGUGGUUUUUCUCAGUGAUAUGUUAUUGCGAGAGUGCGACUGGACAAUGAUGGUUUUACACGUGCUAAAACUUGGAACUUUUUACCUAGUGUGAUGCAAGCUACAUUCCAUGUGUAUAUAUAGAGCUAUCAAAAUGUUUAUUGAAGGCAAUGUCAGGGAUGUAAAUAGGAGAUGUAAUUUUGUAUUAUAUGAGUAGACGUUAUGUGUAGAAGUAUCAAAUAAAUUACGAUUAUGUUUUUUUUUUUUUUUAUUAUUUACAAAUAUUUUAUAUCAUGUUACGAGCAUUGUUUAGAUUCUACUAUAUGGAAAAAUAAAUAGUGUAAUAUAAUUUUAACCUUGAGACAG